AUGAUCCGCCAGGAGUUCAAUAGGAUUGACCCUAAGCGGAGGGCCAACCUCAACUACAAAAAGACGCAAUUCGCGACGCCGACUUUCAAGCAGCAGGACUAUCCCUAUCGGCUGAACUUCUACGAUACACCACCCACUGCAGAGAUUACGCUUGAGCAGUUUGAACAAUGGGCUAUUGACAGACUGAAAAUCCUCGCCGAAAUCGAGGCAUGCUCCUAUCGAAACAAGACCGCUGCCGAGACAACGGCGCACAUCACGCCUCUUCUCCAGAAGUUCCUACCCCUCUCAGCGAACACAUCGUCUCCAAAAGGUGCCGCAGAUCCCCGAAUCAAGAAUGAACGGCAAAAAGACCAUUAUUCGCACUUUAUUCUCCGUCUGGCUUUUUCAGCCACCGAAGAUCUUCGUCGCCGGUUCGCACGAGCAGAGACUAUGCUCUUCAGGUUCCGCUUUCAGGCAGAUGACUCUCGAGAACGACGCGCAUUUAUCGAUAGUCUGAACCUCGACUGGGAAUCUGUAGGUGAAGAUGAGAGACGCGAACUAUCCGAGUAUCUGGUCGCCGCGACGCCAGGUCUGCGUCGCUCCGAUGAAGACACAUGGUACAAAGUGGAUUGGGAAAGAGUACCAGAACUCGUCGAAAGACGCUCUGUUUUUCUGUCCAAAGGGAAAGCAUAUGUUCCGGAAAGAGAGCAGCUAAGUAUGAUCAUCGCUGAGUUCACUGCGCGACUUGAACGUGCCUUAGAGCUCACAAGUAGAGCUUUGCCCCGCCUCGAUGAGGAUGAUCGCCUCUCCCCCAUUCUGAACCACCUAUCUAAGAACUUCGGAAGUGCGGAGUCCGUGUACACAGAAGGCGAAGGCUUCGUGGAUGGCGCUCCAAUUACCGCCGCCAGCAUUGAUCCUCUUUCACAACAUUUCCCGCUCUGUAUGCGUAGCCUCCACAUGUCCCUGCGCAAGAACAACCAUCUGAAACAUUUUGGUCGGCUCCAGUACACUCUGUUUCUCAAGGGAAUUGGUCUAUCCCUUGAAGAGUGUAUUCUGUUUUGGCGCCAAUCGUUCAAGGGCUUCACCGAUGAGGAGUUCAACUCCCGUUACAAGUACAACGUUCGCCACGCCUAUGGUGAUGUCGGUGGAGAUAUCAACCGAAGGGGUCGCGGCUACCCACCAUAUUCAUGUCAAAAAAUUCUUAGCGAUACAAACCCUGGAGCAGGACAGACGCAUGGUUGUCCGUAUCGCCACUUUUCCGUUGAUAACCUAAUCGGACUUCUCCAAUCUACCGGCGUGAACGACAAGGACUUGUUGCGCGGAGUACGCGAAGAUGUCGAGAAGACUCGUUAUCACAUUGCCUGCAACCGAGUAUUCGAAUAUACACACAAAGCCGAAAUCAAGAGAGCCAAGGAAGACGGCUCAGCGGGUGAAAUCGAACUUGAUACCAUUGUUCACCCUAACACUUACUUCAAGCGCAGUUAUCUCCUGAAGCAGCUUGGAAAGACACCGAGAACUGCAUAG